AUGGCUUCGAAACAUAGCCCCAACACUCCACCAACGACCAACUUGGGAGGGUCUGCCACCAGGUAUAGGAAGUCUCGUGGUCGCCCAAAGAAGGAUUCUGAGAGAGACACCUCCGCAGACAGGCGGAGAGCUCGAGGGCGUAUUGCGCAAGAUGCCUUCCGACGUCGGAAACAGGCCCUUACUACCUCUAUGAAACAGAAAAAUUUGGCUCUGGUCAAUAUUAUUGAGCAAAUGAGCACUGGGUUUACAGAUUUUGCCGAUGAACUUUUACGAUCGGAACAUUUCCGUAACGACCGUGCCCUUACUUAUCACCUCUCUCAUGCUACACGUCGAUUCGUUGAAUUAGCAAGAAUGGCCAGCCAGUCGCCAGUCCCAGGAUCAGGUCCGGCUGAGGAAUCUUUUAGCAACAUCCCCGCUGCAAAUGCUUUACUUCCCCAAGGGCAUACCCGUUGGGCCCCCGCCGAGGCGAUCCUCCCCGCUGGCGCUUCUUCUCUCACUUGGCAAAGUCACCAGCCGAUACCCACAUUCCAUGACAUGGUAUUUGUAUCACAUGAUCCUUUGCGGGAUGAGCAAGCUCUUGGGGCCAGCUCCCUCACGCAGCCUCUUGGUGCCUUUCCGAUGACUUCACCGCCUUUCUCGGUGGAAUCUGCGGCAGUUCGAUACCCUUUCGGAUCUAGGUUGCUCCUAUACACCUUGGAAUUUGUCUAUUUCUCGCUCCUAGGGCGGGACAACUACACGCCACAUCUCGCGAUCCAGAUAUUCCGGUUAACACUAGCCGAACACACUCGACCCCAGAUUUUAUCCGCCAUUCGAUGGUAUCUUGGACCUGGAUCUCGCGGAUUGCCAGAGUCCGUGCCUGUCGUGGAGUCAUCGCUUGACCCAAUCAACUCACGUGAGACGUGGACUUUUGGAGAUGCUAUUUUCCCAGUCAGACAGGGUCGCGAGAGGGACCAGUACUUGAGCGCAUACGAGAUUGAGGAAUAUCUCAAAACUCGCGCUAUUUCUGAAAUGGACGUGGAUACAUUGCGCAUAAAAAUCAAAUCCCCAAACCACCUCCCAGCAAGUCGCUGUCAUGAGAAUCUCACACCAUCAAGCUUCGAUUCAUCGCCAGAUUAUGCGGUAAUCAAGAAGGAUGUACUCGAGAAGGCGUUCCAAACACCCGACCCCCGCAACCACAGCAGGAUCUGGUUAUUGCGAUUGAUAUGA